GCGCCUGCGCGCGGUUUCGGUUCGUGCGGCGGCGUGCGGAGCGCUCGGAGCGGCCUGCGCGGAUUGGCGGCGCCAUGGCUGCCGUGCUGAACCUCAACAACGAGGUUGUGAAGAUGAGAAAAGAUGUGAAGAAGGCCAGAGUCCUCACUAUUCGCAGACUAACCAGACACAUCGGGAAAUUAAAAUCGAAAAAGGGUUCAGAAGACUUGAAACUAAAGAACCAAAAAAGAGUUGAGAGAUUAAUAGAAGAAAUCCAUGCCAUGAAGGAAAUAAAACCAGAUGAAGUUACCAGACUUGCUCUUAGGACAGAAGUUAAUUUUGAAAGUGUCUGCAAAAAGCCAAACUGUACUGCAGCUGAGCGAGCCAUGGCAAGACUUGCAACACACCCCACCCUGAAGCCCAGAUUUGUUGAGCUUAAAGCUGCUGUUAAAGCUUUUAAGGAUGCAAGAAAGAACCCAGACAAAGCCACUCCUAUGAAAAAGGAUCAGUCAGAAGAACAGCCUAAAUCAUCACAACAUUCCAAUAACAACUUGGAUGACCAAGCUUGUAAGCGGCCUCAAAAACAGCAAGGAUGUGAACACAAAACAAAACCAGGCAUGAAAGUAGAAAAUGACAAAGAGGUUGAAGAGCUCUGUGAGAGUGAAAAUGAGCAGAAAACUGUGGAAAUGGAGAGAGCAAGUGCUCCAGAGGAGCCUCAGUUUCAGGCAGUACAAAUGCAAACAGUUACUCAAAACAAAAUAGGAAAGAAACUUGACUAUCAAAAAAGGAAAGAAAAUAUGAGUAUGAACAAAUUAAAUGCAAUAAAAGAAAUAAUUGAUGAUAGUGACCAAGAGCAUCCCAAUGAAAAGGAAUACUUUGAUGAUAGUACUGAGGAGAGGUUUUAUAAUGAGUCAUCAGAUUCUGACAGUGACAGCAAUGAUGAUUUCUUCAUUGGAAAAGUAAAAAAGAAGAAAAAAGUAGCAGCAGUUAAUAAUUUUUCUUCAACAAAAGAAAAGGGUGGUGUUCAGAAAAAUGUAAUGAAAACAGAAAAGAGCACAGUGUCUAGGGCAGCACAGGAUUUAAUCAUGGAAGAGAGAAAGUCACAGGCGAAAGCAAGCAAGCUGGAGUCAGUGUUCUGCAGUUCUUUGUCUACCACCAAUCAGAAAUCUCAGAACAGAAGAAAUACUAAAGACCAGCCUCUCAAAAAGGAAAGAACAGGUUUUCUUAAAAAUGAAACAAUGCUCAAGAAGAAGAAACCAUUUGCAAAAGCUUCAGGGGAUAUUAAAUGCAACAAUAAGAAAGCACCUUUGGAGCAGCCUCUUCAUCCUUCAUGGGAAGCAAGCAGGCGACGCAGGGAGCAAACAUCUCAAAUUACAGCAUUCCAGGGGAAAAAGAUUAAAUUUGAUGACUAGAGUAUAUGUAAAUGGAGGUUCUAAAUAAAUUUAUUUUUGCAGCUGCUGUUUGAA